AUGGGGGACAUUCUGGCUCAUGAAUCCGAAUUACUUGGACUAGUGAGAGAGUAUUUAGAUUUUGCCGAAUUUGAAGACACUUUGAAAACAUUUUCAAAAGAGUGCAGAGUAAAAGGGAAACCGUUAUCUAAGACAACAGGUGGCUCUUUAAGAGACUCCACAUCGUUGAUCAUUCAGAAGGAUCUCAUUGCUGCAUUUGACAGUGGAGACCAGAAGGCGUUCUUCAGUCAGUGGGAGGAACACGUUCCCAGUUCAAUCCGGGACGGGGACUCCCUGGCCCAGAAGUUGGAGUUCUAUCUUCAUGUCCACUUUGCCAUCUAUCUUUUGAAGCACUCCACAGGGGGACCAGACAAAGGACAACUGGAUGAAAGGGUUUCUUACUUCAGAACCUACCUGGAGACCAGAGGGGCGGCCCUGAGCCAGACCACUGAGUUCCUUCCUUACUACGCCCUUCCUUUUGUUCCCAACCCCAGGGUACACCCGUCAUUUAAAGAGCUCUUCCAGGAUGCUUGGACUCCGGAGUUAAAGUUGAAGCUGGAAAAGUUUCUGGCUUUAAUUUUUAAAGCCAGUAACACGCCAAGGCUUUUAACCCUCUGUAAGGAGAACGGACAAAGUAAUAAAGAAUUGUUGCAGCAGCUCCAUCAGCAGCUGGUAGAUGCUGAACGGAGGUCAAUGACAUACCUGAAACGGUACAACAAGAUCCAGGCCGACUACCACAAUCUCAUUGGAGUCACGGCCGAGCUGGUGGAUUCUCUGGAGGCCACGGUCAGCGGCAAGAUGAUCACUCCGGAGUACCUGCAGAGUGUCUGUGUCCGCCUCUUCAGUAACCAGAUGCGGCAGAGCCUGGCUCACAGUGUGGACUUCACGAGACCCGGCACGGCUUCGACCAUGCUAAGAGCCUCCUUGGCACCUGUCAAGCUGAAGGAUGUCCCAUUACUGCCUUCCCUGGAUUAUGAGAAACUGAAGAAGGAUUUGAUUUGGGGGAGUGACCGAUUGAAAGCCUUCCUGCUACAGGCCCUGCGCUGGCGCUUGACCACAUCCCAUCCGGGAGAGCAGAGGGAGACCGUCCUGCAAGCCUACAUCAGCAAUGACAUCUUGGACUGUCACAGUAACAACCAGAGGAGCGUGCUUCAGCUGCUACACUCACAGAGCGAGGCAGUGCGCCAGUACAUGGCCCGGCUCAUCAAUGCCUUCGCGUCACUUGCCCAAGGUCGUCUCUACCUCACCCAGAACACAACGGUGCUGCGGAUCCUGGAGGGACGGCUGAGGGAGGAAAACAAGGACGUCAUUACCCGGGAGAAUGUCCUUGGGGCCUUGCAGAAGUUCAGCCUCAGGCGCCCGCUGCAGACAGCGAUGAUCUGCGAUGGCCUCGUCUUCUGGCUGAUCGACAUUCUCAGGGACCCUGACUGCCUGUCUGACUACACACUGGAAUACUCGGUGGCUCUUCUCAUGAACCUCUGCCUCCGGAGUGCAGGGAAGAACAUGUGCGCCAAGGUGGCUGGCCUCGUGCUGAAGGUCCUUUCAGAUCUGCUUGGCCACGAAAACCAUGAGAUACAGCCGUAUGUGAAUGGAGCUCUGUAUAGCAUCCUUUCAAUCCCAUCCAUCCGGGAGGAGGCCAGAGCAAUGGGAAUGGAAGACAUUCUACGCUGCUUCAUCAAAGAAGGCAACGCUGAAAUGAUUCGCCAGAUAGAAUUUAUCAUCAAGCAGCUUAAUUCUGAAGAGAUACUAGAUGGUGCUCUUGAAUCUGAUGAUGAUGAAGAUGAAGACGACGAAGAAGACCAUGACACUAUGGAAGCUGACCUGGACAAAGAUGAGCUGAUCCAGCCCCAGCUUGGAGAGCUGUCAGGCGAGAAGCUGCUGACCACAGAAUACCUGGGGAUCAUGACCAACACGGGCAAGACCACAGCCAAGCAGCGGAAGGGCUCAGCUGCCAUGCAGUGGAGCGCAGACGAGCCCCUGCGCCGGCCCGUCACCCCCGGUGGCCACAGGACCGGGCACCCAGUGUAA